UCGAGUGAACACGGUACCCACGGUCCUUUCACAUGUAGUUGGUCUAUCAUGGCGGACGAAUUACACUGAAGGAACCAUGUAUUUGUAAUCCCAACUUUAAAAUAUUGGCGUCUUGAUACCCUCCUUUGGUUGGAAGUAUUUUUUCCCUAUUAAGAUCAAGGAACGUCAGUUUAAAACGUUUUUGCCUAAAGUUUGUGAGAACUGUUUAGAUUACAGCUGAUCGCAUCAUGAGCGCUUCCUUUCGUCAGACAAGAAACAUUUUACCGAUGAUUAGAAUUCCAUUUAAGUGGAGGAGGAGUGACUGUCUGUACAGAUUAUUUUCACAAAAUUUGUUAGCUUCACGGUGGGGUUGUUGCAGUAUUUCAUGUCUAAAUCAGAGAAGCAUUUUGCGGGAUAUAUCCGAUCUAAAGAUAUCAUCUGUGCUGCGGUAUUCUACAUCAACUUCAGAGUAUCCUCCAGAGGCAAAGGUUGCACACAGCAAAACUCUUCUGACAAACAAAGCUUUCAGAGAAGGUAUUGCCAAAUUUGCUACUCAGCUCAAUGUGAACAUUCCAGGAGAAAGAAAUCUUCUAGCUGCAUUCACUCAUGAGUCAUUCCUUCUACAAAAUGCAGACAAAAUAACAGACUUCGUUGGAUUUAAUGAAAAGCUUGCUUUUCUUGGAGCACAAACUGCAAGAAAGAGCUUUACUGAGUAUCUAUUUGAAAACUUUCCUCAAAUUUCAGCUGCAGAGAUUUGGGAUCUACACAAUGCUCUUUUAGAAGAUUUUGUAAUACAGAAGGCAAUAGAAUGGGAUAUUACACAAUAUGCUCUUUACUAUCGACAAAGUAAAGAACUGAUGCAGAGACAAACUGUACUUGCACUGGUGGGAGCAGUUUAUGUUCAUGAGAGUCCUAAGAAUGCAGAUGCAUUCGUAAAGACACAUCUUAUACCUGAGCUAACUAAAGAGAAGAUUGAAGAGAUGUUGAAACUUCAACACCCCAAGUUCAUUCUUCAAAAGAUCUCUGUCGAAAAGGAACACUUUCCUUUAAAAACAAAACUUGGUUUCCAAGAAGAAGUCAAGUCUAGGUAUUGUGUGAACAACCCAUUCAUCUAUUGUGUCCUUGUGACAAGGGGUGAAAAUAACGAAAUGUUGGGGAAAGCUAUCAGCCACUCACUUGUAUCAGCAGAGAAGAAGGCAUGCCAGAGGGCUUUAUUAGAUCACUAUCCUGAUGAAUUUAACGAGUUUCAGUUAACUCUUGAUGGGGAUGAGUUUUUAAAGGAAGAGAAUGUUGAUCUUGGUUUGAAUGUUGCUGAACAGAGAGUAGUUGAGUUGGAAAAGGAAAAUGGCAGUUUUGGAUUCCAUAUCAGGGGAGGAGAAAUCAAGAAAAAACAGACUGACAAGUUCCUUGAGUUUCAUUACAUGUCACCAGUGUUUAUAUCUCAUAUAGUGCAAGGCAGUGUCGCAGACAAACAUGGAGGACUUAAGGUUGGAGAUAAUAUUCUUGCCAUAAAUGACAGAAGUGUGGAGGGACUUGAUCAUGAGCGUGUUGUGAAACUUUUAAAAUCUGUUUCAGGCCCUGUGUCAUUUACAAUUACGCACUGCAAAGAAACUUUACUAGCCGACAAAUUGGAGCAGAGGUUUAAAGAAAUAAAGCGCAAGAAGCGUCUGGCAGAGUUAUCAUCUGAUGUGUGGUCACAAUGGCAUCAAGCACAGUCUAACCAGACUCCAUCUCGGUACAAAGACGUCCUCAAAUAUCACAAGGGCUCAUCAUCUUAGUUUGGCUGCAAAUGUGAUGACUAUAGAAUUGUUGUGUCUAACUUUUAAGGCUACAAUAAAUGGAUUGGUAUUUGUGCUACAA